AUGAAAAAUGCAAUCUGGGCAACGUUCUACCACCAGCAGUCAACAGACGAUAACCCUCAACACCAUAAGUGCAUGAGCGGUGAGAACUCGUGGUGUCCAUAUCAAAAAGCUUUGGCCACAACAGGAGAGGAAAAUUUUAAACAUGACUACACUCCACUUGCAGAAGAUGUCAUACAAGCGAUCAAACCGAUAUAUGAAGAUUUGAGUAAAUACGAACUUCUAAAAAGGUGUCUUGGAGGCUUUACUCAAAAUGCCAACGAAAGUUUGAACCAGCUGAUUUGGAGAAUUGCACCGAAAAAAUUAUCUGGCAGCAGACAAAUUGUUGAAUUUGCAUCUUAUGUAGCUGCAUGCACUUUCAAUGAAGGUGCUGGUGCUUUCCUAACUUUUCUGUCUGACAUGAACGUCAGCGUCGGCCCAAGCGCUCAUGAUUAUGCGACAUUCGCGGACAGCAAUCGCAUUGACACGGCGGCUGAGAUUCAAGCUGAGCAGAAGAGCAAAGAAGGCAGAAUGAAACAAAGACUUGAGAGACAAGAGGCUGAAGACAUCGACAAUGCCGCAGGAAGUCUGUUUUAUGGAGCUGGAAUCUAUAAUUCUGUGUAA